AUGGAGCUCGUAGCGCGUGUUCUAGCUCACACGCUGCCGGCGCUGGUGGUGGUUCUCAUGGGCUACUGGAUGGGCAGCGGGCUGACUGCCUACGCUGCGAAGGACGGCGUGGUGACGGCCAGAGACACAUCCGGCUUCUCGUGGGCCUACGGAGACCCGCGGGUGUUCAACUGGCACCCGCUGCUCAUGAGCUUCGGCUUCGUCUUCUGCUCCAUGCAGGCGGCGCUGGCCUACGUCUCGCUGCCCUUCAGCCACACAGUCAACAAGCGCAUCCACUUGUCGCUGCAUGCCUUGGGCUUCCUGAGCGCCGUGCUGGGGACUGUGGCCGUCUUCCGCUUCCACAACGAGCACGGCAUCACCAAUCUCUACAGUCUGCACAGCUGGCUCGGACUCACGGUCUUGAUCCUCUUUGCGGCGCACUGGCUGGGAAGUUUCAUUGUCUUCUUCUACCCGGGGGCGCAGCAGGAUGUCCGCGCAGCCAUUGGCCCCUACCACAUUGCUAUUGGCCUGUCGAUUGUUGGACUCGUUGUCGCGACCGUGGAGGCUGGGAUCCUGGAGAAGCUCUCGUUCAACGCCAGCUGCAACGUGGACGGAGAGCUCAAUGGCGAGAGUGUCAAGGGCUACAUGGCCUCCGACUGCGUGGUUGGGAACGCCAUCGGUCUUCUUGUGGCGCUGUCACUUCCAGCGCUGGUCGUCACCAUUUGGCUCUCGAAGACCCAGCGAAUCGUCAAGGCAUCGGGCGAUGAGGCGACUCCCCUGCUGAACGCCGGCUCGGGCGACGAGAAGAAGGAGUUCAACGUCUAA